UGUAUUUUCUUCUCAUUUGAAUGAACGUUUACUAGUUCUGAAGAUGAAGUGGAUGUGCUUUUACAUGGAACUCCAGACCAAAAACGAAAACUCAUCAGAGAAUGUCUUACUGGUGAAAGUGAAUCAUCUAGUGAAGAUGAAUUUGAAAAAGAAAUGGAAGCUGAAUUAAAUUCUACCAUACAAACAAUGGAGGACAAGUUGUCCUCUCUGGGAACAGGGUCUUCCUCGGAAAAUGGGAAAGUUGGAACGGUUCUGACAAAGUAUUAUGAUGACAUAUAUUUUGAUUCUGAUUCUGAGGAUGAAGACAAAGCAGCACAGGUGACCAAGAAGAAAAAGAAGAAACAACACAGGAUUCCAACAAAUGAUGAAUUACUGUAUGAUCCUGAAAAAGAUAACAGAGACCAGGCCUGGGUUGAUGCACAAAGAAGGGGUUAUCACGGUUUUGGACUACAGAGACCACGCCAGCAACAACAGCCAGUUCCAAAUAGUGAUGCUGUUUUGAAUUGCCCUGCCUGCAUGACCACCCUGUGCCUUGAUUGCCAGAGGCAUGAAUCUUACAAAACUCAAUAUAGAGCAAUGUUUGUGAUGAAUUGUUCAGUCAACAAAGAGGAGGUUCUAAGAUACAAAGCUCCAGAGAACAGGAAGAAAAGGCGGGGCCAUAAGAAGAUGAGGUCUACCCAUGAAGAUGCUGCAGAGCAAGCGGAGGCAGGAGUGGAAGAAAUCUAUCACCCAGUCAUGUGCACCGAAUGUUCCACUGAGGUGGCAGUCUACGACAAGGACGAAGUCUUUCAUUUUUUCAACGUUUUAGCAAGCCAUUCCUAAAUAGUGCAACUGGCAUUUAACUCCCUGAUUCUGUAUGUAAGGCAAAUGGGGACAGUUCUUUUCCUCUGGCCUAUUCCUUAUUGUAAUGGUAACAUUGAGUUGUUACUAGAGGAAGCAGUGUUUUUAUCUUUUUGGGUGAGGGUAGUUACCAACCUUCAUCUCUCUUCCCUUUCCUUUAUUGUCCUUUAAUUUCCUCCCAGUACUGAUGGGACUGAUUAUUCUUUCCUUUUCUGAUGAACAUUUGGAAACUGCAGGGCUUUUUACUUAUUAAAGCUCUUUAGAAUUAAAA